CAAUGUGUCACGGCUGUUCUGGCACGCCAGUUGCCCGACCGAGUUUCACGUUUUGGUGGUUUUUGGAGCUGCGAGUGCGAGGAAAAAGUCUCCCCUAAAUAGUUCACGCAACACUCACGAUGGCCGGAUUGCUGUCCAUAUCGUCGCGCCAUGUGCCGCGGAGUGUCCUGCGACUGACAGUGAAGCCCUUGACGGAGAAUCCUGGUCAGCAGUUCGCCAGGAGUUCCAGGACCUACCACCAGGGGCGUGUGCUGCAGAGAUUUCCCCGCUUCCUGACCGGGAGCCUCGAGAGUCAGGGAAAGAACUUCGUGGACUCACAAUGGAUCAGCUGGCGCGCCUUUCGCACGAGCUUCGCGCUCAGGAACUCAGAGAUUGUCACCGUGCCGCCGUUCGCGGACUCUGUCUCCGAGGGAGACAUCAGAUUCACGAAGAAAGUGGGCGAUUACGUGGCCGCGGAUGAGGUGGUGAUGGAGAUUGAGACGGACAAGACCACGGUUGGCGUUCCUGCGCCCUUCAAUGGCGUCAUCGAGGAGAUCUUCGUCACGGACGGCGACACUGUGCAGGCGAAGCAGAAGCUGUUCAAGCUGAAGCCCGCCGAAGGCGCUCCUCCGGCCGCCGCUGCGGCGCCGCCCAAGCCUGCUGAGGCUCCGGCUGCCACGCCACCACCUCCACCGCCGCCUCCCAAGGCCGCUGCGCCCCCGCCGCCGCCAGCUGCCGGCGCUGCGGCGCCUCCACCGCCCGCGCCGGCUGCCGUGCCGCCGCCACCGCCGCCCAAGCCCGCCGGCCCGUCGAGCCAAAUGCCCGUGGCGGCGAUCAGGCACGCGCAGGCCAUCGACGCGUCCGUGAAGGUGCCGCCGGCAGACUACACGAAGGAGAUCACGGGCACGCGGACGGAGCAGCGCGUGAAGAUGAACCGCAUGCGGCUGAAGAUCGCGUCGCGACUGAAGGACGCGCAGAACACCAACGCCAUGCUGACGACGUUCAAUGAGAUCGACAUGAGUGCAAUCAUGGACUUCCGGAAGACGCAUCUGGAGGCAUUCGUGAAGAAGUACGGCAUCAAGCUGGGCUUCAUGUCGGCCUUCGCCAAGGCGGCCGCGUACGCGCUGCAGGACCAGCCGGUGGUGAACGCGGUGAUCGAGGGCCAGGAGAUCAUCUACAGGGACUACGUGGACAUCUCUGUGGCCGUGGCGACGCCCAAGGGCCUCGUGGUGCCGGUGAUCCGGAACGUGGAGAGCAUGAACUACGCCGAUAUCGAGCUGGCCAUCGCGGCGCUGGGCGAGAAGGCGAAGAAGGGCGCGCUGGCGGUGGAGGACAUGGACGGCGGCACGUUCACCAUCAGCAACGGCGGCGUGUUCGGGUCGCUGAUGGGCACGCCCAUCAUCAAUCCGCCGCAGAGCUCGAUUCUCGGCAUGCACGGAAUCUUCGACAGGCCGAUCGCCGUCAAAGGACAGGUUGUAAUUCGACCGAUGAUGUACAUUGCGCUGACUUACGAUCAUCGCCUGAUUGACGGACGCGAAGCCGUGAUGUUCCUGCGCAAGAUUAAGGGCGCCGUCGAGGAUCCCAGGAUCAUCCUAGCAGGAAUCUAAAAUAAUAUUGUUAUGAGAGAAA